UAGUGUACGGGAGCAGUGUGCGGUGUGGCAAAAUUAAUACUCGUAUUAUUAUUAUCGCAUAGUAGACGUUUCGAAAAAACGUUUUCUCAUUUACUCGCGAGUGUUAUCUGUAUUAUAUGUUGUAAUAAACUGAGAAAUUUAUUGUUUAUCACAUGGUGACAUACAUGAAGGAUUUUAACGUAUCUUCAGAACCUGGCGGCAUGUCCACGUACGUUAGAAAUACCGCCAAUUAUCUGUCAACGUUGACAAGAAUCUUGGGCGUGUGUACUGCGAUUGUUGUGUGCGGCGUCGGGGCGGAUGUGGCCUACCGUCAGCACGUCAUGGGGUUUUACGUUACAGCAGCAUCUGGUUUGAUAUUCUUCCUGGAGAUUACCUGGGCCAUCACUCUAUUCGUACAGAUCUGCGUCAGAAAUGACGAAUCUCUUUGUUCGUGCUGCUGGUCGACAGUGCUGGCACUAACCAGGGGUUGGCGGAGGGCAUUGUUUUAUCUACCACUGUCCUGUACUUUGGCAUGGAAGCCGCACAGCCUUUUGUUGUCCUACGUCGCCGCCGGACUUUUGGCAGUGCUAUCCUUACUGCAUAUUGCGACCAGCGCUUUGGACGGCCGUGGCCCCUGCCAGAUGAGCAAUGCCACGGAUUCGGUUGGCGAGAGCCUCCUGAACACCAGACCCGAGAAUUACGAUCGUUUCGAAGAAGUUCUGGUGACGGAAGUGCUGGACGAUGGCGUGUCUGGACCAACUGGCCGAGUGGGCGACAGCGACGGGGAAAUAUGACACGAGCGUCAGCCCUCGUGGGCGAGCGAGUCGGACGAGGACAGUGAACCGGAACAGAGGACGUGUCAGAUCGCGACGGUGUCUUAGUCGUUGAUGGCGGGACCAGGGAACGCCGCAGCUCUUCUCGUUCCACGAACGGCGCCGAAAUCUCGGCUCACUGCUGGCGUCUUCGCGAAAACGUAAUGCAUACACAGAGCAAGGGAAGACACAUAGAGUGAGAUGGAGGGUGGUCUGCGUGUUUGGAAAGUUUGCAGAAAGCGAACAGUUGGAAGUUGGAGAAGAGAAACGGAAACGAGUGGGGCGAAUCCCGCUGGAAAAUUUCGGCGGAAGAUCCGGCGCGCGAGAUCGAACCUUUGUGCCCGAGGAUGUUGAUCCUUUUUCUCGUUCUUGCGUAGCUCGGAUUUGCGUCCACGAGUCGGCGAAGUAGAAUGUGAAGGAGGAUGCGGUUUCUGCGGAAUCGGCCUUAGAUCGUUGAGAGUUCCUUUCGCGUCGAGCGCUGGCGGUACACGUUCUCGUUUCGGUUGUUGAUGAAAGGUUGCUAUUUAACGUUAGUCUCUCGAGAGACGACGAUACGUUCGUUUUGUUUUCCGUGUAUUUGCCAAUAGAUGUUUUCGAAUCAUUAAUCGCAAUCGAUCGCAACUCAACGACUGCGAAGAACGAUGUAAAAAGAGAAUGGGGCGAGUUCCGAGAGAAGAAACGGAAUCGUAAAUUUGAGGACUUGUAAAUUAAUGAAAAAAGUUCUUGCAGGUUAAAUUGCAAAGUUAAUCUUCAACUUUAUUGUACACCUUUCACUUGCACGAGAAUUUAGUUCUCGUUUCUUUUUGCUGAAAAUUAAUUAAUCGUUAAAACGAAUUUCAUCGGUGAAAUUUUAUAUAUUGAAAAAUAACCGGUGAUAAAGACAGAAUUUUUAAUAAAAAAACAAAACAAAAUUUUAGUUGCAAAGCAAAGAGCAAAUGUUAAAAUUUAUAAUAACGAAAACUUCGGUCUCAAAUUUAUGAUGAAUAAUACGUUACGUAUAAGCGAUUGAUAGAGUAUGUGAUAAGCGACACGUUUCGUUUUACGCAUGUCGUGUUAAUUUAUAAAAAAUGUAAUUGUAGGAAUAAUAGUUUAUAGAGUCUAUAGCGUUAGAGGCGUUUGUAUUUAAAAUAGCUUUUAAAAACGCAUCGUAAUUGUUUCUUACAAUGUACUAUCAAAUGCAAGACAUUGUUACAAACAGACAUUGCUGUUAACGAUUGCACAAAUGAGUAUUGUUCAUUUAUAUAUUUUGCUUGAUCGAAUGAAGACACGGAAUGGAAAAUACUUAACAUUCGAACAUUAUAUUAUCGGAAAAGAAUGUGUUCUAACAACAUACUCUUCUGGCGACAUAAUGUUUGGACAUUAACGUAUACGUUUGACUAAUUAUGAGUUGUAUUUGAGAACGUACACAAUAAAGUAAGUG